AUGGAUAAUCCAGUCAAGUUUAAAAUAUCUUAUGAUGAUAGAGCGAUACAAUUCAUGGACCUUAAGAUAUUUAAGAAAGAGCAUAACCGAUUGGAUACAUCACUCUACUGUAAGCCUACGGAGAGAAACUCGCUCCUGCAUGCGACGAGCAAUCAUCCCACAACACUGCUGAAGGCCAUUCCCAAGGCCCAGAUGAUCCGUGUGGCAAGAAAUAAUAGUGAACCACAAAUGAGACGGACACAACUAUCCGAAAUGGCAAACAAAUUUGUACAGAGAGGAUAUAAUCUAAGGUUAAUUGACCUAAGCAAAAGAAUGGUUGAGGGUCCCACAACAACAGAUCCUGACACUGAAGAUAAUGCACAACGAUUGACCUUCACCACUGUAUGUAGUCCAGUCAUGAGCAAAUUGGACAAAAGUCUUGACCAACAUUGGCACAUUAUUAAAACUGCAGGAGAUUUUAUGUUGGCAAAAACCUCAGAUGAUGCUAGGGUGCGGUUUGCCAACCACAGAUCAUCAGAAAUGCCAUUAAAAACAAGAAGAGUGACCAGCCAGUGGCAAGGCACUUUCUGGAGGCUGGCCACACAGUCAAUGACCUUCGACCUGCGGCCGUUGGAUAUGUUAUCAGAGAUGCUCUCUCCCACUGGAUACCUGAGCAGGGUUCGGAUGGUCCAAUCUAAGGGAGCCCGUGGAUUUCGUUUCUCAGGCUCUCCCCAUGACCUCAGCUUCCCAUCAUCUCGUCUCUUCCAUAACUGUCAUCUCUUUCCUGAGGAGUUUUCAUUAGUUGUUACUGUAAAGAUCCCCAAUAUUCCAGCUAAGAAAAACGAGUACCUGUUUACUGUAAUCACAGAGAGGAGCCGACAUGUUCUCCUGGGUAUUCGAUUCUCAGAGAAAAAGCUCCACUUUCUGUUCUGGAGUCCUGAGUACACCAAUGGAUGGCAGAGUAAAGUCACUUUCCGAGGAGUUUCACUGGCCGACAACCAAUGGCACACGUUUAUCAUAGCUGUAUCUGGAACCUCUGUCUCUCUCACUGUAGACUGCAAUGUUCCCUUGGAAGUAGUCCUGGAGAAGCCAUUCCCUACCAGAUUAAACACCACCAACUCCUCAAUUUACAUUGGAAGCAGAAGACGUCAAAAAGGUUUUUUUUCUGGCUUAUUGAGGCAACUCGUUCUCCUACCUGGAUCUGAUGCUACUUCUCGGAUAUGUACAAAUACCAAACCAAGGCUUGCAGAGCUGUCCAUCCCCGAGGUGCUGAAGGAGCUUCCAGUCAAAUCUGAUGACCAUGGAGUUCAUUUAAUGUAUCCCUUUGAAGCUGAUAUGAAGGUUACGUUGGGUCCAAAGCCCCCUUGCACUGAUAACGAAAUGUCUCAGUUCUGGAUGGAUACAUCACUCAGAGGAAUCUUCUUGUGUGAUGGAGUCAAAUGGAUCCCAGUACUUGAAAGGAAAGAACAGCUGGACUACGUAGAGAUAUAUCAGAACUUGGCAACUGCAUCUGAGACCAUGGGGCUGGAGACUUUCUUUAUCCCUAAUGUAGGGAACUUCGCUGUAAUGGCCAAUAGGAACUCCCAGCCUGGCUCUGUCCUCUACAGAUGGACUGAUGGAAAGUUUGUGGUUCACCAGUACUUCAUCACGUACCAAGCACAGUCCUGGAAGCAUUUCACCAUUGGCAAAAGGAUCUUUUUGGCCUUGGCUAAUUUUGAAAAAGAUGUUGAAGGAGAUGAGUUUUCUAUAAUAUAUAAGUGGAAUCCAAAGAAGCAAAAAUUUUUCCUGUAUCAGAAGAUCAGAUCAUACAGUGCCCGGGAUUGGGAAGCCUUUCACAUAGAUGGAGAAACAUUCCUGGCAAUUGCCAACCACAGAGAAGGCAAUAACCACAAUAUCAAUAGUGUCAUUUACAAAUGGAACUCAAGCACAGAACUUUUUGAGGUCAACCAGACCAUUCCUACCUCAGGAGCAUACGACUGGGAGUUCUUCAGUAUUGGGCCAUACUACUUUCUUGUUGUUGCAAACACAUUUAAUGGGACAUCCACCAACAUACAAUCCCAUAUCUACAUCUGGUUGGGAAGCAUGUUCAGACUGUUCCAGUCCAUUACAACAUUUGGAGCUUCAGACUGGGAAUUCUUCAGAAUUCAAGAUCGUUUCUUUCUUGCAGUUGCCAACAGUCACAAUUAUAAUGUGGGGACACAGUUGCUUAAAGAGUCCUAUGUUAUCAAUUCAACCAUAUAUGAGCUGAAUAUUACUGGGCAACUCUUUGAGAAGUUCCAAGAUAUUGUCACCUACAGUGCUGUGGACUGGGAAUUCUUCACUGUGGCAGAAGACUAUUUCCUGGUUGUAGCAAAUUCUUUUGAUGGAAGCUCCUUCUCCGUUAACAGUGUCAUAUAUAGGUGGCAAGGUUAUGAGGGCUUUGUUGCUGCUCACUAUCUACCUACGUAUGGCUGCCGGGACUGGGAAGCAUUUAAAACCAGCACAGGGUCCUACAUUAUGUAUUCAAGUGCUAAAGAGCCUACCUCCAAGGUACUGAAGUUACGGACUCUCUAA